GCAGCGUGCGUCCCUCUGCCUCUAUGACGCCGUCAAGCAAGCAGCGCGCGAGCUGCAGAGCUGUAAACCCGCUGUCAAACAGUGCUGACAAGCACGAGAGAGAUCUGCACAGAUUCGAACAGCUGCAGCUCCCUGUCACAUAAGUUGUGCUGGAGACUCAAAGCCGAAACGUUACACGGGAGAUCAUUCCGCCCGGCUGUAUGAGAGCAGAACCGCCGCCAAACUCGUAGAGGAUUUGUGCCUGUUUCUGCGCGCGCUGCACACGUGGAAAUGUUGCGAUGGCAUGCACGAGGAGAACCAAAACUUUGGUGUCCACGUGCGUGAUUUUAAGCGGCAUGACCAAUAUUUUGUGUCUGCUCUACGUCGGAUGGAUCACCAAUUAUGUGUCUAAUAACGGCAACGUCAAAGUUGCAGGGAGGACGCGCGAGAAAAAGUUUGAUGAUGACAACAGAGGAGAAACGCUGAAGAUUAUAGAGAGACUGGACAGGCUGGAGAGUGUUGUUAACCAGCACAUCCAAGAGAAACCAUUGAAAGAUGGGGACGACACAGCUGACCAGUCCCUCUCAGACUCUCUUUUUGCACACUGGGGUCAUGACCUCGGCCCAGAGAGCCGCAAGGUGGCCCUGAAGAAGUUCCAGUACUACGGUUACAACAGCUACCUCAGCGACAGACUCUCUCUAGACAGAGCCAUCCCAGACCUCAGGCCCGACGGGUGCAGAAAUAUCUCGUACCCCUCCAGUCUACCACAAGUCAGCAUCAUCUUCAUCUUUGUGAAUGAGGCGCUGUCGGUCAUCCUGCGUUCCGUUCAUUCAGUGAUCCACUGGACGCCCUCCCACUUGCUCAAGGAGAUUAUCCUUGUGGAUGACAACAGCAACAAUGGUGGGGACUUGAUUUUGCACCAGCGCUGCUUGCACCAGCAGCGUCCCAACUUCAUUAAAGUGGUUCGGCAUGACAGGCAGGAGGGUUUGAUUCGCUCUCGGGUCAGCGGCUGGAGAGCUGCGACCGCUCCUGUCGUGGCCCUGUUCGAUGCCCAUGUGGAGUUCAGCGUUGGAUGGUCAGCUGAACCAAUCCUGCACAGAAUCAAAGAGGACAGAACCCGGGUCGUCUCGCCAUCAUUCGACAACAUCAAAUACGACACAUUUGAGAUCGAAGAGUAUCCCCUCUCAGCUCAAGGGUUCGACUGGGAACUUUGGUGCCGCUAUCUAAACCCUCCCAAAUCCUGGUGGACGCAGAAGAAUCAAACUGCUCCAAUCAGGAGCCCCGCUCUGAUCGGUUGCUUUGUAGUUGACCGGGAGUAUUUUAGGGAGAUUGGUCUGCUGGAUGAAGGCAUGGAAGUGUAUGGAGGGGAAAACGUGGAGCUGGGGAUCAGGGUAUGGCUGUGCGGUGGAAGCGUGGAGGUCAUGCCCUGUUCCAGAAUAGCUCAUAUUGAGCGCGCACACAAGCCCUACACAGAGGACCUGGCAAACCACGUCCGCAGGAACGCUCUGAGAGUGGCUGAGGUGUGGAUGGACGAGUUCAAGAGCCACGUUUAUAUGGCCUGGAAUGUUCCACAACAGGACUCAGGGAUCGAUAUUGGUGAUAUCAGAGAAAGAAAAGCUCUCAGAGAGAGACUCCGCUGCAAACCCUUUAGCUGGUUCCUGAAGAAUAUUUAUUCUGAGAUGAGAACCUACACAGAGACCAUCGCUUAUGGUGUGCUCAGGAACAGCCUGAGGCCGGAUCUUUGUGUGGAUCAAGGUCCCCACUCUGACAACAUUCCCAUCCUGUACAUCUGCCACGGCCUGACACCUCAGAAUGUGUACUACACAAGCUCUCAGCAGCUGCAUGUCGGAGGCUUGAGUCCGACCAUCGACGACGACGACAACAAGUGCCUGGUGGACGUGAACGGCCGACCGCGACUGCUGGAAUGCAGCUACGCCAGCAACAAGCACAUGAAACUCUCCUGGCUCUUUACUCAGGGAGGCUCCAUUGAGAAUAGGAAGUCAAAGCAUUGUUUGGAAUUGGUGGAAAGUACGCAAGUGGAUCAUGGAUAUCAGCUCGCCCUUCAACAGUGCAGCAGUCAAAAAUGGACAAUUACCAACAUAUUGCCUGGGAAUGUUCUAUAGGCAUGAUGUCUUAUGGGACGUAUCACUGGAUAUGUAGUGGACUGAGUUACAGUGUCCCUUACACACAUUGUUGUGUCAUCAACUGAAGGGAAGAGUGCUGUUCUCUUGUUAUUUAACACUGUAAACAUCAUUAUGUCUUGUGUCGGACCUCAAAGAACACAUGGAACAAGUGUCAAACAUUUAACUUUGGCCAAAAGAGAUGGUUGGUUUAGAGACACUGGUGCUUAAAGGGAAAGUUCACCCAAAAAUGAAAAUUCUGUCAUUAUUUACUCACCUUUUCAUUUUUUCAGUGAACUGUCUCUUUAAAUGUUCUGCUGUAUGAUUGGCUAUUGUGUAUUUAAGCAUUUAUUAGUUUUGCUACUGUGUAGCACAAAUUUUAAAUGUUUUUUUUUUCCCUCAGGUUUGUGAAUGAUGAUUGUGAUUAUUUGAUGUGGACAAAAAUAUUUUAUAAAUAUAAAUAGUAUUUCUAAAAAAAUAAUAAAGACUUCUUAUAACGCAUCAUCUGAAACAAGCUGGUUUAGUGCCCCAAAACACAAGUCUAACCAGCUUGGAGGCCAUCUGAAGCCGGUUGAAACAGGGAUUUCAUCAAAGUAUGGAAAUGAAUAAAUGUUGUGGUAUAAAAAAAUAAAGUUCUAGCAGAAAUCUCUAUU